AUGACAAAAGAAAAAACAAUUGUUGUUGAAGAAGAUGAAGAUGAUGAAAUAGAGUCAGUGAAAGGGCCAACAAGAAGUAGUCCAUUUCAUUUAUUAGGAGCAUUUUGUUUUAUAACGGCUAUUAUAGCAGCAGUAGUUUGUUGUUUAGUAUCGACAUUGAUAAAGGGGAUUUCAUCACAGACUAGAGGAUAUAUAUUUUUUGCAACAUUUGCAACCUUUAUAGUGUUGUUAUUCUUUUGUCUCUGCUGUACCUAUUAUUUGGGUGCAUCAAGAGAGGCAUGGGAGACACCACAACAUACAGACGUUCGUUGGAAUUUCACCAAUAUCGUGGCAAUGGCAGGUUUGUUUGUAGAGUUUGUUCAGAUUUGUUCAUUUUCAUUCAACGAGUCGUUUGGGCCUUACAUGGGUUCCUAUAUAUUUAGAUAUUUCAAUUACACAGCAACACCCUAUCCAAAGGGGCCAGGCUUUGAAAUCGCCUAUUGGGUUAUGUUUGUUGUGGCUUUCUCGCCCUAUAUCUUUGUAAUUGCAAUUCGUAUCCUCAUCUAUAUGUAUGGCAUUAAGAAGGGUGCAGACUCUGCCGCUGGUGUGGUCGAGCGUUAUCAAGAUAAUAUCUACUCUGUACUUUGGUUCCUUGUAAAUACUUUAUAUUUCCCAGUCAUCACAAUGAUGUUAACAGGUACAAGUUGUACCUUUUCAAAGAGUGAUAGUGAAGAAGACAUCAUAUCGUCACUUUCAAGUGCUGGUAGUUCUUUAAUUAAUUCAACCAUUGGUAGUAGUAGUUCUUAUUUACCAACAUUGGAUGCAAAUAAAGAUAUCGUAUGUCUUCAAGGCAAACAUGUAGCAUUUUUGGUUUGUACAAUGAUUGCAUUGAUCAUCUAUUAUCCUGCCGCCUCUUUUGCUCAAUCUCAAACUCAAAACAUCUCUGAUAUCAAAUUUAAACCAAAGGUUGUGUUUGUCAUGUUGCAAGGUAAAUUCCUUUUGGGUGCACUUUGUGUAAGUUUUGGUAAUAAACAAUACGUUGUCUAUCUCAUAACGGUGGUGGUAAUCAAUUUCUUCUUUUUGGUUCUAAACGUUUGGUUCCAACCUUGUCUAUUACCUUGGGUUAAUCGUCUACGUACUCUCUUCUUUAGUUUAUCCGCUUGGGCUUCUUUGGUUCUUGUCAUUAGUCAUAGAAUGUAUUAUCCCGCUAAAGAUGUUGAUAAUCGUGUACUACCUCUCAUUCUUUUAUUGGUUGGUUGGGGUAUAAUUAUAGCGUUUUUAGUCGUUUUCUUUGCUGGUUACUCUAAAUUCUUAAAUAGAACUAGAGAUUUAUUCAAUAAGAAAUUUAAAAAUCAACGUGGUACUAAUAUUCAAGCUAAUCAACAACAACAACAACAACAACAAGCUAAUCAACAACAACAACAACAUCACCACCACCAUCAACAACAACAACAACAACAACAACACCAACAACAACAACAACAACAACAUCAACAACAACAACAACAACAACCACAAAAUAAUUAUAAUAUAAAAGAUGAUUCCUCUGAUGAAUCAAUGGAGAUGGAAGAUAUGAGUGGUGCUAAUGUACGUAGUCAAUAA